GAAAAGACUUCGGAAAUAAUAAUGUUCGAUUUGUAUGACUUCAAAUUCUGAUAUUUCUUACAAUUGAUUUCUUGGAGGUUUUAAAUUCAUUCUUUCAUUGUUCAAAUGAUCACCUGCAGAAUGAUUUACCGUACCAUCUCCCGCAACUCCAAUGGCUGGCUUGUCAACGCUACCCCAGGAAUGGUCAAGCGGGGUAGUCAGGACCCGAUUUUAAUGGGACACUUUGUCACUUGCGGUGUAGUUCACCAAACUCCAUAUUACUGCACGGUACCUAAUAACUUCUUAAACUCAUUUUUUUGUCUUGAUUGUUCCUCCUUCUUUUCAGGGCAAAAAUGGCGGCUGAAAAGAUUGCUGUUUCCGAUAUGGAGAAGGCUGCAGCCGAUGAGGUUAGUCAUUCAACCUAACCCCCAUAUUACGUGCUAAUUUUGUCAGAAUAUUUUCUCAAGAUCCGAUAGCGCGGCUUCUGUAGAAGAAGAUGCCGCUAAGAAUAAAGCGUUAGUGUGGAAACAAGACUUGCGGAUCGUCCCGUUGUCGGCUGGAAUUUAUUUACUAUGCUACCUCGACCGUUCGAAUAUCGGUAUGUCUUCCGAAUAAGAUUUUGAAUUGUCCAUUAAUAUAGGUUUAUAUUUAUGGUAUUUCUUACACUUGUCUUCAUGUUGACUUUAGCCGUGUCUACUUCAGGAAAUGCAAAGACUUUGAAUUCCUCCACUCACAAUGAUCUGCUUUCGGAUACUCACAUGACUAAUUACGAAUAUGUGUAACUCUCUUCCUUUCUCUUGGAGAGAUGUGAAACCAGCUAAUAUUAUCGCAGUAUUGCACUUAUGGUCUUCCUAAUCGCCUAUGCAACAUUUGAAGUCCCAUCGAAUUACUUUUUGAAAAAGCUCAGUCCAAGUAAAUGGAUAGCAUUCCUCAUGUUCUCCUGGGGCGCCGUAACCAUCGGCCUAGGAGGAGCAAAGAACUUUGCAGGGAUAACAGCUAUGAGAUUCAUUUUGGGCAUGUUCGAAGCAGGUAUACAAAUCAGCAAUCUAUUUCUCAAUUUCUGCUAACACUACCCCUAGGUCUCUUCCCAGGCCUCGUUUACUACCUAACAUUCUGGUACCGCAUAUCCGAGCGUUCAAUCCGCGUAGCAUUCAUCCUCGCAUCUGCAACUCUCGCUGGAGCAUUCGGUGGUGCAAUCGCCUACGGAGUUGGGCAUAUGAAUGGCACCCACGGCCUUUCAGCCUGGCGUUGGCUUUUUAUCCUUGAAGGAAUUCCCUCUUGUGUUUCUUCUGUUUUCGUUUACUUCUAUUUACCCGAUUAUCCCGAGACGGUGAAUUGGUUGAGUGAUGAUGAGAAGGUCUUAGCGAAGACUAGACUGCUUACUGAGGGGAGUCAUGGUGAUGGGGCGAAUUUGACUUGGGUGCAAGCGAAGGAGACUUUGACGGAUUGGAGGUUGUAUGCUCAUUAUGCUGCAAGUGCUUCGUUUUUCUCUUGGAUUUGUGUGGGUAGCUGACUUUUUUUCUUAGAUUUACUUUGGCAUUUCAGUCCCGUUCUCCAGUCUUUCGCUCUUCACGCCAAGUCUUACAGCCGGACUGGGAUUUCAUGAUCUCACAGCGCAACUCAUGACAGUUCCUCCAUAUGCUGUUGCAUGUAUGUGUUUCCCAAUCAAAAUUGUGUCCACUUGCUAAUUUCCUUCAGAUAUCGUCACAAUUCUAGUCUCCUACUCAGCAGAUCAUAUUAACGCGUAAGUCAUAUUCCCCUUAUUUCCGUGAGUGUCAAUCCCACUAACAAACCCUAGCCGCGCCCUCCACUCCGCUCUCUUCGCAACAAUAGGAGCAGCAGGCUUCAUGGCAUCAGCUCUCCUCCCCGCCCACGCAUACUCAGUUCGUCCAUCCCCCCCUCUUUCCCCUGCACACCCAUCCAUCAUACUAACACCCCACAGUCCCGCUACGGCUGCCUCAUAGUAGCAGCCGCCGGCUCCUUCUCCUGCAUCCCCCCUCUCCUCGGCUUCCUCUCAUCCAACCUCUUCACCACCGCCUCCGCCGGCCUCGCCAUCGCCCUGAAUAUCUCCUUCGGUGCCCCAGGUCAGAUCGCUGGGGUGUGGAUAUAUAAAGCUGAGGAGGCGGGACGGGGAUAUCCUACUGGUCACGUAUGUUCCUAUUACUUCUAUUCCUUUUCUUGUGUUGUUCUAUGUGUUUGUGUGGGGUUGUGGGGUUGUGGGAAUGGUGUAUAUGGGGGAUAGCGAGGUGUUGAGGUACAGGGGAAAUAUGCUGACUUUGGAUAGUGGGUUAAUGCUGGAUUGCUAUUUUUCGUUGCGGUUGGGUGUGUGGGGCUAAGAGGGUAUUAUGGGGUUUGGAAUGGGAGGUUAGUGAGGAAUGGUGGGGAGGUGGAGGGAAGGAGGUUAUUUAGAUAUUGA